AUGGUGGAGGAGAUGUACCUGGAGGAGACCGGCAACAAGGUUGCCGCCGUCGCCGGAGAAGAAGACGAAGACGGCGGCAACAACGGGGUGCUGUCAGCUGCGGCAGUCUCCAUGGUUGAUGCAGGCUCUCAGCAGCAGGCUCAUCAGGCGAGCUUCUACGGCGAAGAUGAUGCUGCUGCCACUUCCUUCCAGCAGCAGCUCAAGAAGGCGAGGACGACGACAAGGACGGCGCCGCCGCCGGCGUUCGUCCACGUCUCCGGCGCCGGCCACCGGGAGCUGCUCAUGAAGUUCAUGGAGGCCGGUGGCGGCGGCGAAGAAGCAAGCGGCAGCCGCCAUGACAACAACGGCGGUGGCGGAGAGUACUCGAUGUUCGCGGCGUCUUACGGGCAGUUCGGCCCCGGCGAGCAAUUCUCCUCCUUCGCCAGUAACGGCGGUGGCGGCCAGAGAGGACCGGGACCAGGGCUGGCCUGGUCCCUGCCUCCGCCCGCCGGCGUGUCACUCACGCUCGGCCUCCUGCGGGGCAGCGGCGCCGAGCAGAGGGCGGCUUCUUUCCUCAUGGGCGGCAGCAAUGGCGGGUCAUGGGCGGCAGCGGCGGCGCCCCCCCGCCACGACGUGGACUUGCAGAGCAGCAAGGCGUUGGCCGCUCAGCUCAUGAGAGACUUCAUGGCCUAG